UUCUUGUUUUUAAAAUAAUAAAACACAUACAAAUGCAUAAAUCAACAAGAGUUUAUAGUACAAACAAAACUUUGAAAAAAAGAGAGGUGAAAGAAAGUACAAAGAAUAACAAAGCAAAUUUGUGAGUGUGAGUUAGCUAGUUUGUUUAACUUGUUCAAUGAAGAAAAAAGGUUGUGAAGUUGAAGCAACAGGCAUCAACUACACAAUCUAUACACAAAAAAGGCAAACCCCUUUUAAUUUUUUUAGCAGAAAACAACACCAGAAGUGUUUGAGAGGAGUUCAAGAGUUGGAAAAGGGAAAUAAUGAUGAUGCUAAGGCUAUAAGGCAUGUGCUUAAGGAUGUGAGUUGUAGAGCAAAAUCAGGUGAGAUUCUAGCUAUUGUUGGUCCAAGUGGUGCUGGAAAGUCUAGUUUUUUAGAGGUUUUAGCAGGCAAGAUUGAGCCACAAAGUGGAUCCAUUUUUCUGAACCAAAAUCCAGUUGAUAAAGCAAGGUUUAAGAAGAUUUCAGGCUAUGUUAGACAAAAGGACACUCUAUUUCCUCUUUUAACAGUUGAAGAAACUCUAAGUUUUAGUGCAAAACUAAGGUUAAAACUUCCUGCUAAAGAGUUGAACGCAAGGGUCAAGUGUUUGAUUCAAGAACUUGGCUUAGAACAUGUUGCUGGUGCUAGGAUUGGUGAUGAUCGAAUUCGAGGGAUUUCGGGAGGUGAAAGGAGGAGAGUUUCUAUUGGAGUUGAACUGAUUCAUGACCCUGGUGUCCUGAUUCUUGAUGAGCCAACUUCAGGUCUUGACAGUACUUCAGCAUUGCAGAUCAUUGACAUGCUUAAAACCAUGGCUGUUACUCGUGGUCGAACGAUAAUUCUUAGUAUUCAUCAGCCAUGUUUCAGGAUCAUGAAGUUGUUCAAUUCAAUCCUACUUUUAGCUAAUGGUACAAUCUUGCAUCAUGGAACCAUUGAACACCUUAGUUUAAGGCUUAUCCUGAUGGGGUUAGAACUUCCCCUCCAUGUCAACAUCCUGGAAUUUGCCAUCGAAUCGAUUGACACAAUCCAAAAACAUAACCACACAUUGCUGCCUCAAUCAGCACUCAUGAUCAAGAAUCCAGGUAAGUUCACUCUACAACAACUCUUUCAAGAAUCUAGACUGAUAAAUGAAGAGACUUUGUCUAUGUAUGUUGGUAAUGAAUUCCCAAGUGGCUUUGCAAAUUCAAGUUUGCAAGAGAUUGUGAUUCUCACAAUCAGGUUUUGGAAAAUCAUAUACAGAACAAAGGAGCUUUUUGGUUGCAAGACACUACAAAUGUUGGUAUCAGGCCUUGUUUUAGGAUCAAUAUUUUACAAUCUUGAAGAUGAUUUAGUUGGAGCACAAGCAAGAGUUGGCCUAUUUGCCUUCAUCUUGACAUAUCUACUGUCAAGCACAACAGAAGGAUUGCCAAUAUUCUUGCAAGAAAGGGAAAUACUAAUGAAAGAAACUUCUUGUGGGAGUUAUAGAGUUUCAUCUUAUGCCAUAGCAAACAGCCUUGUCUACUUGCCAUUUCUCCUCAUUCUUGCAUUGCUUUUCUCAACCCCAUUAUACUGGAUGGUUGGUUUAAACAAACAGUUCAUGGCAUUCAUGCACUUUUUGUUACUCAUUUGGCUCAUUCUCUACACAGCAAACUCAGUUGUUGUUUGCUGUAGUGCCUUAGUACCAAACUUCAUCAUUGGUAACUCAUUAGUUUGUGCUAUGAUGGGAUCAUGUGCAUUGUUCUCUGGUUACUUUGUUUCAAAGAAUGAGAUACCAAACUAUUGGAUUGUAAUGCAUUAUAUAUCACUUUUUAAGUACCCUUUUGAAGGGUUCUUGAUUAAUGAGUUUGCUGGUUCUGAUAAGUGCUUGCAGUACUUGUUUGGGAUGUGUUUGGCUAGUGGUGAACAAGUACUAAAAGAAGAAGGAUAUGGUGGUGAAGAAAGUAGGAGGAAGAAUUUGCUCAUUAUGGUUUGCUUUAUCUUGCUUUAUAGGUUCAUUUCUUAUGUAAUUCUUAGAAUUAGAUGUUCUGAAAGAGGAUUCAAGAACAUCCUCAUUUCAAUUAAAUGAAUAAAUUCUAAGUACCACAAGAAGUCUCUUGUACAAAAUACACAAAAAUUUGUUUGUUGUAAUAUUGAUAUUGUGCAUUUUGUUAAA